CCGGAAUAAUUAUCGCCCAUAGGAGUGAACCCCGCUUUUAUUUCCUACUUUCUUUUGUGUCAACUAUCGGCCGCCCACCUACGUUGACUCUUCACGAAUGAUCAGUUUUUGUGCGUUUCAUUUUCCACUUAGAAAAUAGCUUUCGAUGCAUAUGCUUACUCUGCAAAAAUGCGGCAAUUAAGGUGAUUUAGACAUUGCAACUCUUGAGUCUAAAGGAAUAAAGUCACUGAAACGAGGUCAACUCUAAGUCAUGAACAGGUUCAAAGAACUGGAAAUCGACCUGGAUUGGUUCAAUGGGAGAAAUGUGUCAGUUGCUUUCCUAGGUCUGGUGACCUUGAAAACCUCCCAUGCCGUCUAUAAGUACUACAGAGCAAAAUCAAAGGUCAAGGCCAAAAGAGAGGAGUGUCUGGCAGCAUGUAGGAAGAUGGCCGAACAUUUGACCCAAAAAGGGAUCACCAAAGAGAAGGCAGAAAGAAUUACGAGGCUGUCAAUCACAGAGUUAGAACAGAGGCUACAGUCUGGGGAACUCUCAGCUGUCGAGGUGUGUGAGUGCUACCAGGCCGUUGCACUGGAAGUCGACCGCAAACUUAACUGUGUGGUUGAACCAAUCUGGGAAGCCGAGGAGAUGGCACUUGAAAGGGAUCAGAAGACAGGAAAAAAGGGGCCUCUUCAUGGGAUGCCAGUCAGCAUCAAGGAAAACUACUACAUCAAGGGAUAUGACUGCACUGCUGGCAUGCAGAGAUGUAUAGGAGACCCUGUGUCAGAGGAUGCUGUCGUUGUGAAGGUUCUCAAGAGACAAGGAGCAGUUCCUUUUGUCCGCACCAACGUCCCUCAAACCAUGAUGACCUUUGAGUGUUCAAAUCCAAUUUAUGGUCGAACUUUGAACCCUCAGGACACGAAUCGUGGCCCUGGGGGGUCAUCUGGAGGGGAAGGGGCUCUGAUAGCUGCGGGAGGGUCUAUACUAGGGAUCGGUACGGACAUCGGUGGCAGUAUAAGAAUCCCUGCCAAUAUGUGUGGGAUUUGUGGUCUAAAGCCAACAGCAGGGAGAAUCAGUGGAGCUGGUACUCACAAACUUACUAAAGGCCAAACUUUAGUCAAAUCUGCCUCGGGGAUGUUGUCUAGAGAUGUGGAUGGUGUAACCAUGGCAAUGAGAGCUCUUUUGUGUCAGUACAUGUUCGACCUUGACCCCACGGUUCCUCCUAUACCAUUCAGAGAAGAGAUUUAUCAGGACAAGCAACCCCUCAGGAUUGGAUAUUACCUAGAUGAUGGCUACAUCCCCUCGGUUCCAUCCAUGCAUCAAGCCGUAGAGAAAGCCAAGUCUAUUCUAGAGUCUCGGGGACAUAAGCUUAUUUCAAUGCAACCUGUAGAUGCUAGAAGGAUGUUCAGGCUAUUUUUAGAUACUGUAGGAGCAGAUGGCACGAAAACCUACCUCACUUGCAUGAAGGAUGAUAUCUAUGAUUCUACAGUGCGGCAAUUUUUCUAUACCUCCCACUUACCAGGUGUCCUAAAGAAAAUGAUUGGAUGGAUUAUGUCAGCCGUAUCAAGGGAUGAAAUUGCAGGAUACAUGGUGAAGGCUUUAUCAGGGUUUGGGACUGUGUACGAAUACUGGAAUCAUGCUCUUGAUAUUGAGGAUUACAAGGACGACACUCUGGCCCUGUGGAGAUCCCUGGGAAUCGACGCUGUCAUUUGUCCAGGAUUUGCUUUCCCUGCUAUUCCACACAAUACAUUUGGAGAUUUAGUUGGAGGGUGUGUGUACUCUACGAUGUACAACUUGCUCAACUACCCAGCAGGUGUGCUUCCUGUUACCAAGGUGACAGAGCAGGAUAUAAAGGAUAUGGCUAAUUACCCAAACAAGACCAAGUUUGAAAAGAACAUUAAAAAGAUGAUGUUGGGAGGGACUGUGGGUCUACCCUGUGGGGUGCAGUGUGUGGCCCUACCCUACCAAGAGGAACUGGUCAUCAGACUCAUGAAGGAAGUGGAGCAAGGGCUCAAGGGAGAUAACUCAUAAAAAAAAAAUGCAGAAAAUAUAUGUAAGAAAAGGAUGGUUAAUGUUUAUGUACAUUACUGUAGAUUCCUAAUUAAACGUGACAAAAUAAUUUCCGCUUAAAAUCGCAAAAAGCAACCCUUAUGAAUUUUAAAAUCUCGCUUUUAUUUUUCAGACAGUUUUGAACUAUAGGAAAUUAUUGCAAAAAUUGGUGAUCGCGAUUUUAUAUUCUCGCAAUUUGAUACAAAACAGCGGAAUCACGGAAUUAAGUACUCGCAUAAAAUAAGGAAUUUACAGUAUUAUUUCAGGUGCUGUACAGUGUGUCAAUUUAUUGUAUCUUCAAUUGAAACUGUUAGCUUUCAAAUAUACAUGUAGUGUAGAAUAAUUUUUUUUCUAGUACCGCAAAUAAUUCUAUAUGGGCAAUUAAUAAUUAACCAUUGUGGGGGUUGUAUGUGUGUUUGUGUUUUAUAUAAUUGUGUGUGCAAGUUAUUAUAAACUAAUUUAUUCACUACUAUGUUAAAUAUUUUACAUGUAUAAGUCAUGAUUGUCGAUUUGGUAUGAAAUUUAAGUGCCAUAGUUAAUUUUUUUUUUCAAUGUCUCAAAUAUUGCUAUUGUGUCAACUUGAUUUUAAUUAAAUUGAUUUUUAUAAAUACAUGUCAUUUUCAUAUUUGUUACAUAUUUGUUGAAUUUUUUUUUCAUUUCAAUUUGUUAACUGUUUUUGAUUGUUUGAAAGUGAGUUUACAUUGCCUGCAUAUAUACAUACAUACAACUUUGAUGACCUUAGCAUCAAUUCAAGUCAUUUAAAGAUUAGCAAAUAUCUUCAAGUGAACAAACUUUUCCAUAUUGAUGUACUGAAUAUCUUAAUGGGGUUUUUACAUCCUGCUCUAUAUUUCAGUAUAAUCAUGAUUAUUUUCAUUUAUUUGUACAUGGCAAAAAAUUGAACUAAUAGAAUACAAUUCAGUUGUUAUGUGCUGUAGAAGACUUUUAAAAUUGCAAUUCUGAUAUGGUACACAAAGAAUAAAAAUUGCAGCUUUACUUCAUUUUAACAGCAGCCAGCAUACCAAAAAGAAAUCAAAAGUACUGUGUCUGGUUUUUUGUUGAUUUUGUUCACUAAUUAACUGUAGCUUCAAUAUUUCUCAAUUUUUGGGAACUCUUCUAGCCUGAUACAAUAGAAUUCUACUCAUUAAUGACAAUAAUUUAAUACCUAAAAUCUAAUAAAUGUCAGAUUCAUGAAGUCUUCUAUUUUCUAUUUCCAUUAAAUAUUUGCUUUAAUAGCAAGGUACAAGUGAAAUGCUAGACAUAUGCAUUUCCAAAACUUUUUUGAAUUUCUUCCCAAAGAAAUCCUUACUAACACAAGAUGUUAUUUAUUCAAUUAGAUUAUUUGAAUGCAUGGGUAUAAUGAAUAUAGACAAAGAAUUAUUAGCUACAGAGAUUACUCAUUGAUUGUUUGUUUUAUUAGCUCACCUGAGCUGAAAGCUCAAGUGAGCUUUUCUGAUCACUUUUUGUCCAGCGUCCAUCUGUCCGUCCGUCUCUCUGUAAAUUUUUUACAUUUUCGACUUCUUCUCUAGAAUUACUCUAGACCAACUUCAACAAAACUUGCCACAAAGCAUCGUGAGGUGAAUGGGAAUUAAGUUUGAUAAAAUGAAGGGCCAUGCUUUCUUUAAAGGGGAGUUAAUUAGGAUUUAUUGAAAAUUUGUUUAUAUUUUUCAAAAACUUCUUCUCAAAACCAUUUGACCAGAAAAGCUAAAACUUGUGUGGAAGCAUCUUCAGAUAGUGUAGAUUCAAGUUUAUUCAAAUCAUGGUCCCUGGGGGUAAGGUGGGAUCACAAUGGGGGGUUGAAAUUUUAUAUAGAAUAUAUAGAGUAAAUCUUUAUAAAUCUUCUUCUCAGCAACCAAUCAGCCAGAAAAGCAGAAACUUGUGUGGAAGCAUCCUCAUGUAGUAUAGAUUCAAGUUUAUAAAAAUCAUGGUCCCCUGGGGUAGGGUGGAGCCACAAUUGGGGGGGUCAUACUUUUACAUAGAAACAUAUAUUGUAAAUCUUUUAAAAAAGUUUUCUCAAGAACCAUUUGGUCAGAAAAGCUGAAACUUGUGUGGAAGCAUCCUUAGAUAGUGUAGAUUCAAGUUUGUUAAAAUCAUGGUCCCCGGGGGUAAGGUGGGGCCACAAUGGGGGGGGGGGGGGGUUGAAGUUUUACAUUGGAAUAUAUAGAGUAAAUCUUUAAAAAUCUUCUUCUCAGCAACCAAUCAGCCAGGAAAGCUGAAACUUGUGAGAAAGCAUCCCCAGGUGGGAUAGAUUCAAGUUUCUUCAAAUCAUGGUCCGGGGGGAGGGGGGGGGGGGGGUAAAAAUUUCCAAAGGAUAAUAAAAAUAGAAAAAAAAUUAAAUUACCUUUUUCUAAAAACCACUUGCUUAGAAAAGCUGUAACUUUACUGAAAGUAACCUCAGAUAAUGUAGAUUUAAAUUCUUUCAAAUCAAAAUAUUUAGGAGUAGGGUGGGGCCACAUUGGGAUUCCAAUUUUACAAAGGAAAAUUCAAAAAAUGAAAUGUUAUAAUGUAAGGUUUUACUUACCGGUAUAUGCAAGCAUUUUGACAUUUUGCUGAUUCUUUCAAAUUGUUUAGACUUUGGCCCCUGGAAUAUUCUUCAGCCUCACAUGGGGUUCAGAGUAUGAUGUAGGUUUAUAUACCAUAUAUAAACAAAUGUUUAGAAUCUUUUUGAGAACUGCAAUGCUUUACAGGUGAUAUGACUUUAAAUUCAUCCUUUUAGAAAAGGGACUUGAUUAUAAACAUAUCCAGGGAAAAAAUGGACUUUUAUUUAUACAGGAUCUACAUGUAUUAUACUACAUUGUCCAGAUAGUUUGAAUUAUGACUCUGUUAAGCUGAUUUUAUCAUACCUAUUGUUGCUCAGGUGAGCGAUGUGGCCCAUAAUUUCAUUUGAAGUUUGAUUAAAAAGAAAUAUUGAUAAAAAGUUAUGUUUUUAACUUUGACUUGCUUUGAUGAGAAUGAUAAUGAUUUUAAUUUUUGAAAUACAUGUUUAUAUGGAAA